AUGGUGUGCACCAUGGAUAGGUAUGAGGCCGAUUGGGGAAUGGUCGAGAGAGGCUGGGCCGCCCAUUGUUUGGGCGAUACCGAAAACAUUCAGACCUUUUCUUCCUCAGUUGACGCCGUGCAGGGCUUUUACAAGGAUGAAGAGAUGACUGAUCAGUACUUUCGGCCGUUCGUCGUCGUGGAUGACAACGGCGAUGCCGUCGGACCCAUUCAGGAUAACGACUCAGUGCUGUCCUGGAACUUGCGCGGCGAUCGCCCCAUCGAGAUCUCGACCGCAUUCGAGGCUGAAGAGGGUGAGUUUACCCACUUUGAUCGCAAGCGCGUCCCGAAGGUCCGCUACGCCGGCAUGAUGCAUUAUGAUGGCGACGCUGGUAUUCCGAAGCGCUUCCUCGUCUCGUCACCUCAGAUCGAGCGCACUGUCGCUGAGUAUGGCGUGAAGAACGGCAUGAAGCGUUUCUCCGUGUCGGAGACGCAGAAGUACGGCCACGUCACAUACUUUUACAACGGGAAUCGGGCCGCCAAGUUCGACGAGAACAUGGAGAAAUACACGUGCGUGCCGUCGUACAAGCAGCGCGAGCAGACCAGGCCCUGGAUGAAGGCAGCUGAGAUCUCGGACGAGAUCGUUAAGGAUCUUGACGAGUUUAAGCCGGAUCUUAUGGUCGUCAACUAUGCUAAUGGAGACAUGGUGGGGCACACGGGGCACAUGAUUGCCUCGCGUAUGGCGAUGGAAUGCGUGGAUCUGUGCCUCGCGUGUGUCAUACCGGAGAUUAUUAGCCGCAGAGGGGUGGUAGUGCUCACCGCCGAUCAUGGCAAUUGCGAUAUCAUGGCCGAGUGCGGAAAGGACGGAAAUCCGAAGCCGGGGUCGCAGCCUGAAGAAUGGAGGGCGAAGGUGUCGCACACGAAGCAACAAGUGCCGUGCGUGGUGACUGGGAAUGUGAUUGAAAACUACGAGCUCAACGAAUCUGCACGGUGGGGCGACGACCCGGACUGCAUGGCUGCGGGUAUUGCUAACCUGGGAGCUACAGUACUCAAUUUGCUGGGGUUAGAGGAGCCCUCUGACUUCCUGCCAUCGAUCCUUAAAGCGAAGGCGUAAGGUAUGUCUUCAACUGAGUGGACGACUUGCCUAGUGAAAUUUAGUGCGUUUUCCCUGAUUUUGUUUGUAACUGACUGCAACGGGAGCGUUGAGUUAGAUCUAGUUGGAUAAUAAGGUAAAGAUGUUGCGAGAUAAAAUUGACACAAAUGUGAGA